AUGGGAUCCAGCUUGAACGAUGCGGAGAAGGCUUCUCCCGAUGUGCAACCCAGUGGAGGAGAAGGGGAUGUGCACGACCUGGACAGCUUGACGGCAUUGGGAUAUACUCCCGAGCUCCGACGAAACCGAUCUCUCUUCACGCUCCUCUUCCAGACUCUAGCGAUUGCAGCAAUCCCUUUCGGCGAGGGUGGACCGUUUAUCAGUGCUAUCUACGGAGGAGGACAGCUCUCGAUCUUUGUAGGCUGGAUUGUCGUUUUGAUCCUGGACGAAUGCGUUGCUCUGUCCCUCAGUGAGCUUGCAUCACGUUAUCCGACAUCAGCAGGCCCGUACUAUUGGUCUUUCCAGAUCGCCAAAUCGAACAAGACGGUGCUCUCCUUCAUCACGGGAUGGAUCUGGCUCAUUGGGAACUGGACCAUCACGCUCUCUGUGAACUUCGGAUUCGCCUCCCUGAUCUCAGCUACGGUCUCCAUUUACCAUCCAGACUUCGUAGCCAAUAGUUGGCAACUGCUUCUCAUCUUCUUCGCCAUCUGUCUUAUCACUUUUGUGAUCUGUACUUUCGGGAACAGCCUGCUUCCUAUGGUGGAUACCAUUUGUGCUGGAUGGACUGCUCUCACCAUCUUCAUCAUCCUGGUUGCGCUCUCGGCGAAGGCAGAUGUUGGCCGACAUAGUGCAGCCUACACCCUAGGACACUACGACACAAGCCUCUCGGGAUGGGGAGGCUUCACCUUCUUCAUUGGUCUCCUUCCAGCCGCAUACACCUUCUCCGCCAUCGGCAUGAUCUCCUCCAUGGCCGAAGAAGUUGCGGACCCCGCCAUCAAAGUUCCCAGAGCCAUGUCUCUGUGUGUUCCAGUCGGCGGCAUCGCAGGCCUCUUCUUCAUCAUCCCAAUCUGUGCAACUAUGCCACCUCUGGAAGACAUCAUCCUCGCUCCCAGCGCCCAGGCUAUUCCUUACAUCUUCCACAUCGUCAUGGGUACCCCAGGCGGUGGCCUCGGCCUAACCUUCCUCGUCCUCGGCGUCACAAUGUUCUGCUCCAUCAGCAUCACAGUCGCCGCCUCACGCUGCACCUGGGCAUUCGCUCGUGACAAUGCCAUCCCAGGCGCCAAACUCUUCGCCAUCGUGAACAAGAAGCUCGGAGUCCCCGUCUGGGCAAUCGUCCUCACCACCGUCGUGCAAAUGCUACUCGGCCUCAUCAACCUCGGCAGCUCCAGCGCCUUCUUAGCGUUUGUCUCAGUAGGCGUCAUGGCCCUCGCCAUCUCCUACGCUAUCCCAAUCGCCAUCUCGCUGCUUUGGAACAGGCGCGUGGAAGUCAACCAGGCGAAAUGGAACUGUGGACCUGUCAUUGGACCCAUCGUCAAUGUUAUAGCUAUCACCUGGAUUGCAUUUGAAGUCGUGCUGUUCAGCAUGCCAACCGCGCUGCCGGUUACGUCUAUCACGAUGAACUAUGCUAGUGUGGUGCUUGUGGGCUUCAUGGCUAUGGCUGCAGGGUGGUACUUCAUUUAUGCUAAGAGAGUCUAUAAAGGUCCGCCCGCUUCAGACGGCCUAUGA